AUGCAGAUCUUUGUGAAGACUCUUACUGGCAAGACCAUCACUCUCGAGGUCGAGUCCAGCGACACCAUUGACAAUGUCAAGGCUAAGAUCCAAGAUAAGGAGGGCAUUCCCCCCGACCAGCAGCGCCUGAUCUUCGCUGGCAAACAGCUUGAGGAUGGCCGCACCCUGUCGGAUUACAACAUCCAGAAGGAGUCGACGCUCCACCUCGUCCUCCGUCUUCGUGGUGGUAUGCAGAUCUUCGUCAAGACUCUGACCGGCAAGACGAUCACUCUUGAGGUCGAGUCGAGCGACACUAUCGAUAACGUCAAGGCCAAGAUUCAGGACAAGGAGGGUAUUCCUCCUGACCAGCAGCGCCUUAUCUUCGCUGGGAAGCAGCUUGAGGAUGGCCGCACCCUCUCCGACUACAACAUCCAGAAGGAAUCCACCCUUCACUUGGUUCUUCGUCUCCGUGGUGGCAUGCAGAUCUUUGUGAAGACCCUGACCGGCAAGACCAUCACACUCGAGGUUGAGUCAUCGGACACUAUCGAUAACGUCAAGGCCAAGAUCCAGGAUAAGGAGGGCAUUCCCCCUGAUCAGCAGCGUCUCAUCUUCGCCGGCAAGCAGCUGGAAGACGGUCGCACACUCUCGGACUACAACAUUCAGAAGGAGUCAACGCUUCACCUUGUGCUUCGUCUCCGCGGUGGUAUGCAAAUCUUCGUCAAGACGUUGACGGGAAAGACCAUCACGCUCGAAGUCGAAUCGUCGGAUACCAUUGAUAACGUCAAGGCCAAGAUUCAGGACAAGGAGGGCAUCCCUCCCGAUCAGCAGCGCCUGAUCUUCGCCGGCAAGCAGCUCGAGGACGGUCGCACCCUUUCCGACUACAAUAUCCAGAAGGAGUCUACCCUUCAUCUCGUGCUGCGUCUCCGUGGUGGUAUGCAGAUUUUCGUGAAGACUUUGACUGGCAAGACGAUCACUCUCGAAGUCGAGUCCAGCGACACCAUCGACAAUGUGAAGGCGAAGAUCCAGGACAAGGAGGGUAUCCCUCCCGACCAGCAGCGUCUUAUCUUCGCUGGCAAGCAGCUCGAGGAUGGCCGCACUCUGAGCGACUACAACAUCCAGAAGGAGUCCACGCUGCACCUUGUCCUUCGUCUCCGUGGUGGGCAGUGA